CGUGAAGGUGCCCCCAUAGGCAGAGGGGCAGAGAGAGCCCAGCUAGUGCUCAGCGCCUCUACAACUGACUGAUCGAGUAUCCCCCGACCGCCAGCUCUGCAGCCAUGAAGGCCGCCCGCAUCGCCUUGCGCACCGCUGUGCCCCUGACCGGGUCCGGGUCCGGCAGCGUCCGCAGCAGCCGCUUGCCGCGGGAGGUGGAGCAGUUCUCCCGUUUCUCGCCGUCCCCGCUCUCCAUCAAGCAGCUGCUGGACUUCGGCUCGACAAAUGGGUGUGAAAGGACUUCCUUUGCUUUCUUGCGACAAGAACUCCCUGUGAGGUUUGCGAACAUACUGAGAGAAAUUGAGCUCCUUCCUGAUAAACUGCUCAGCACCCCAUCCGUGCAGUUAGUGAAAAGCUGGUACAUCCAAAGUCUAAUGGAGCUGGUUGAGUUCCAUCAGAAGAACCCAAAUGACCAAAAAGUCUUAUCUGAUUUUAUAGAUACAUUAAUUAGAGUUCGGAACAGACAUCAUGACGUAAUCCCUACAAUGGCACAAGGAGUAAUUGAAUACAAAGAUACGUUUAAAGUAGAUCCUGUCACCAAUCAAAACAUUCAGUACUUUUUGGAUCGUUUUUACAUGAGCCGCAUUUCCACCCGGAUGCUGAUGAACCAACACACCCUUCUUUUUGAUGAUAAAUCCGGAUCAGGUCACCCGAGGCACAUUGGGAGUAUUGAUCCUUGCUGUGAUGUCGUUGAAGUAGUGAAUGAUGCUUUUCAAAGUUCCAAGAUGCUGUGUGACCAGUACUACUUAACGUCUCCAGAACUGAAACUUAAUCAAGUAAAUGGUAAAUUUCCGGGAGAGCCAAUUAACAUUGUCUAUGUUCCAUCUCAUCUUUUUCACAUGCUCUUUGAGCUCUUUAAGAAUUCAAUGAGGGCAACAGUUGAAUUUCAAGAAAACAGUCCUUCCCUCUCUCCAGUUGAAGUAACAGUUGUUCUAGGACAAGAAGACCUGGCCAUUAAGAUCUCUGACAGAGGAGGUGGUGUUCCAGUAAGGAAAAUUGAGCAGCUGUUUAGCUACAUGUAUUCCACAGCACCACGGCCAACUAUGGAUGAUGGUAGACAAACUCCUCUGGCUGGCUUUGGAUAUGGCUUGCCAAUUUCCCGUCUAUAUGCCAAAUACUUCCAAGGAGACUUAAAUCUUUACUCUAUCUGUGGUUAUGGAACAGAUGCUAUUAUCUACUUGAAGGCCCUAUCAACAGAAUCAGUGGAAAAACUUCCAGUUUUUAACAAAUCUGCUUCCAAACAUUACCAAACAACUUCAGAGGCAGGUGACUGGUGCAUCCCAAGCAAAGGCCCAAGGCAGACUGCAACUCUCUGAAGGGAAGUGGAUACUAAAGGCAUCCAAGGGGAUCAAGCUGGCUUAUCAGAGACUAGUGUUUGGAAGUACUCAUCUACUUCCAAACAAGCAAGUUCUUCCGCUGCAGGACUGGAAGAAGAGGAAGAAGCUAAAGAUGUUAUAGCCUAGUCUGUAUACAUUAAAUGUAAAAUCUUGCUGUGAACUUCAAGCUGAGGAAAAUAGAAAUGCAUAUAUGUCUUUAAAGAAGAGAUAUGUGUAUAGAGGAAACUCAGGCUAUUUUUGUUGUGAUCAAAGACUUUAUGUGGUAGAGAGGUGUGCAAUUUAAGUCCUGUCUAAUGCUUGAAUUUUGAUACUGAUAAAUAUAUCAGUUAAGCUGGUACCUAUUCUAGGAGAAAAAUAUAUAUCAGCAGCUCAUCUUGCAGAACUCCUCAGGUCAAUAGACGUACCUGUACUUAAAAGCUGCAUUUAGAACAUCUGGAAGAUAUCCUUUCUCUUGGCUGUCAGACUGCCGUGUUAUAAGCAUCAUCCUAAUAGACCCUGACCAGGAAGGAGGGAGGGAGACAGUGUUUUCCACACAUAAGGAAGUCAUGUCUUAACAAAAGAAGCAACCUUAUAUAUUCUAGUAAUCAUUCUUAAGUAAUGUCUUGCUCUGAGUUGCACUCCAUUUUGUGUUUUAUCAAGCUGUUAAUGGAAAAGCCAGUGAAGUAAGGCUCCUGUGCAUAAGGUAACUAAGAGAUUUUAAUGAAGCAGCUUGGUAUUAACAGCCAUGAGGCUGGCUUACAUCUAGCCUAUAUCUCAGUGCUCAGGAAAGUAUGUGCCAAGUAAGUUAGGUUUUUCCAGGAACUGAAGUCAGAUGUGCAAGUUGAAAUGAAAGGUUUUGGUGAUGGUGUGUUAUGUGAGCAUGACAUGGGAAACAGCAUAUUUAAAAUGUUAUCCCGUGAUUCUUUUUUGUCAGUCUGUUAGAUAACCAGCAGGUUCAGUGCACUAAACCAAAAUCUGUCUACUACCAUCUUUGUCAACUAUGUAUUGGACCACAUUGUCUAAAGGUGUAUGGGGAUUUGACACCUUGUGAGCUGUGAUGAGCACUGACAGACUAUUGGGUUUUCAGGAAGAGUGGUGUUGGGAGUAGAAUGUUCUAAGAACUGUUCUUUGUAGUGGAAGGAUCUUAGGAAAUGAGACUGAAAACAUCAACUGCACUGAUAACUUUUAUGAAAUGCCAUAGGGGAAUUGCCACAAGAGGAGUGCCAGUGGGAGAGAGCUGUCGAGGAAAUAGUCCAUUCUUAGUAAGCUUCUACCUUUCUUCCCUAUGUGGAUUUUUUUUUUUUCCCCUCCUCAUAAGUGAAGUAAUGGAAUUUACUUAAAGUAAUGGAAGUUUCUCAUCUGGACAGUCAAGGUUCAUCAGGGCUGUAUAAUGUUACUUGAAUUAUUGACUAACUAGCAUCAUUAUCUUAACUGUAUAUGAUGAUUGGAAGAAAGUUGCAAGUACAGUAUUUAAAGCAUCCUGCUCAGUGAUGUGACAUUAUUCCAAAGCAGAUUUGUAUUUGUUGGGAAGAAAUCUACUCUACAGUCUACUAUGAAUAGCAAAUGCGAUAUAUGAAUAGCAUGUGAGAGAAAGCUAGAUCUACCUUUUGUGUUCUGAAAGCUUCUUGGGGGUAGAUUUUUUCAAUGGAAAAUAAAGUAGUAUUCUGUUCACUUAUUUCUAAUAGGAAGUUUAGAAGUAAUGGUGAUAAUUACUGAGCAUAUUGACUUAAAUACUGCACUGAGGCAACUCUUACCACAGUGAAUAAGCUGCAAUCACCAAAGGUCACCAGUUCAGGAAUAUUUUCACUCACUCAGUGAAUGAAAUGGAUACCAAAACUGAAAUAUCUUUCUCUAGAAAAUACAGGUGUGAAAAAACUGCUUUCACUGCCAUAAUAUACUUGAAUACUUUGACCUUGUAUUGAAUAUGAGGUCACAAAAUAUGCCUAGAUUGUUAUUAAGUAAAUACAGUACCUCUUUGCACUCAGUAAUGUUUGGAUGUGAUUUAUGAUCUUGUGAUAGACUGUAGAUCUGUAACAUUGCAGCUUCAAGCUGCAGUAGCUGAAGCUGUGUCUGUCUUAAAAGCAUCUGAUGCAUGUGGGUGCUGUAAAUGAAUGUCUGUAAUAGCACUUGCAAAUAUGGGCUUUCUGGAUAAGUAUAAUCUCAAAAGUUCUAUA